AUGUCACGGCGAGCGCUGGUUCUCGAUGGACUAUGGUAUUCCCUGUGUCCAUCGUUUACCACUACCUGUCGCUCAACAAUAUUUCACAAACACAGCCGAGACUUGAGGAUAUCGCGGUUACCCCCGAUCUCCAUCGUGAAUUCGACUUCAAGACGGUGCUACAGCAACACAUUCGGCAACAACCCCAAUCCGACCCAAUACCCAGACUAUAAUAACUCCCAAACACCCCGAGACCUGAACUCAAACGGGAAUCCCGAGCAAGAUGGUACUUGGCCCAGCCAGAAAACCCGGCGCGAACACAUGCGACCACGGAAAAGUUGGCAUCCCCGAACAUACCAUAAGGUGCAGGAUGACCUCCUCAACAAGCCAGAUCAUGCGCUAGAGGCGCUGUUACAAUACAUGGCAGAUAAACAACCGAACCUUCGACACACAACACAAGUGCUGCGGCUGCUCAUUCGGGAUCGUCAUAUCCGGCCAACAGCUCGCCACUAUAAAGCAUUGAUCCUCGCCAAUACAGACUGCGAGCGGGGAUCACCAGAGAUAGUGCGUGGACUACUGGAGGAGAUGGAGGAGAACGGGAUUACAGCGGACUCGGGUACGCUUCAUGGUGCAUUGCAGGUCCUCGCUGUACAUCCGGACUAUUUACUACGACAGGAAAUCCUCUGCAAGCUUCGAGACCGGUGGCUUACGUUGAGUCCGGCCGGGUGGCAUUUCGUGGUGGCCGGUCUUCUCCGCGAGAACCAGAUCGAGCUUGCGCUUGAGCAAGCUGCGCUGAUGGAGCGAAAGGAUAUAUUUGUGGAGAAUUGGCUACAUGGUAUGAUUAUUUACACGCUUUGCGACCAUCAAGAGUUCCAUGAGGUAUUCGACUUGAUGCGCGCUCGAGUCGACCAAGGCCAUGACAUGAGCAAUUCUCUUUGGGCACAUGUCCUGACCACGGCGAGCGAAGCUCUCCAUCAUCCUACCGUUCGCUUCGUGUGGCGGCGCAUGGUUGAACUGGACUACAUGCAUCCACCGGCUGAAGUCUGCGAUAACGUUCUUAAGGUGGCAUCCAAGGUUGGCGACACGGAACUUUCAAGCUCAGUGUCCCGCUACCUCGAUCAGAACAAUAUUAAACUUGGUCGCGGGCAACAUGAGCAUCUUGUCGAGGCGCAUGUGUCAGCUGGAGACCUCCCAGCUGCGUUUGAAGCACUCUGCGCCAUGCAUGAAUCCGGAACCCCGCUUGCAGACUCCUCGACCGCGGCCGUCCUUGCAUACAUGAUCGAAAAUAAAACCGAUCGCCGGGAGGCCUGGCAGAUGCUCAAGCGGCUGAAGAAUGAAAAACGAUCCAUUCCCAUCGAAUGUGUUCGUGCCGUCGUCGACCUCUGCGAACACGAUGCCCAUGAGGACCCAUCGGUGGUCGACGAUGGCGUGGGCUUCUACAAAGAGCUCUACACCUUAUGUCCCGAGGGGGCGGAUGUCCGAGUCUACAACGCGCUGAUUCGAAUGUGCCGAACGGCGAAGAACCGCCAAUCAGGCAUGUUCCUAGUAAAAGAGAUGGCGUCGCUCGGGGUUGUACCGAACGCAAUUACCUUUGAGUCUAUCAUCCUCAUGUGCCUGGACGCUGGCAACUUCCGCUCCGGCUUCAUGUACUUCCAAGACCUGAUCAAGCGGGACGCCAAGGUCAGCCAGGAAACACAAAAGGAAAUCCUCGAGAUCUGCAGUGGAUCAGUGGAUGAAUUUGCAAUGCGACUGCAGUAUCACCCUUCAAUCAGAGAAGACGUGCAGAAGCUCGACGAGGAGAUUCAGCAACAGAAGGAGGAAUGGAAGGAACUGGAGGAGUCGGGGAAACCUAUCCACCCAGCGGUUCGUCGCAUGAAUAUGUCGCACGACGAACGGAUCGCGUGGAACAAAGAACGCCGCAAGAGGAAACGCCGGUUAAUGGCUAUUGCGCGAAAUAAGGAAGAAGGCCAUCCUGAAAGUCCUGAAAAUGGAUCUCUGGAGUGA